UAAAAAAAUAAUUUGUUGAUGUAAAUGUUUUGGUUAAGUUCUAUUGUGAAAAUUAUCAAAAGUUAACUUUAAAAAUUUUAAGUGGCUAUCUCAAGGUCUAAUGUUUGUUUGGAUUCCCGCUAGUAGCAAUCGUCAAAUACAGACGGGAUUUUUAUGGUACUUACAAUGCUGAACCCAGCUCCCCAAAAUUGCCGCGAUGUGGCUAAAAAUGAAAAUCUGGAAAAGGAGUUGCAAGUAGAUAAAGUGGGGCCCAAGCCUGUUGAAAUUCUGGAUGGUGCUUUCAAUGAAGCUACAGAUGACGCUGAAUAUACUAAUAUGAAGCAGUUUAAAAUGAAAAGCAUAUCUCAUUGGCCCUACCAUUGUCCAAUUGCUUCUUGCAGACAAGUGUUAGGUGUAAAUUGCAUUCUUUCACAUUGUCUGGUGGAUCACACUAGUGAUUUAUGGAUGAAGGGAGUUCAAUGCAAAGAGAUCUAUAACAAGCAGCGUACUAUUAUAGAAAUAGAUGUCGGCAAAAUUGAAUUUAACAAAAGCAUUUGUCUUGGUUGCAUUAUGUAUGCGGGUUUGGCUGAGAAUGAUCGGAAAACUCUUCCUGGCAUACGUGGCUUAUGUGCGCAGAACGCUUUUCUUCCACCAAUGUAUAUGCAAUACAAAAAUCACAUGCCCAUUUUAAUAAUGUGCUGCAGCACUUCGUGGAAAGAAUGGAUUUCUAGGCGUGAAUUGAGAAAUAAAUUUGAAAACUCAAACCAUAAGGGCAAAGAAUUGUUGGUUUUCUGGUUAACUGGUCCUGAAACUGCUAAACCGGUUCAUCUUAUAAUGACAGUUUACAGCAAGAACUUGCUGUACUCCAAAAGUGUGAUUCUUUCUGUAAAACCACUGCGGGAACCUCAACAUCCAAAAGCUUUCUUCGUCAAAGAAGCUAAUUAUUUAAUGCUUACUGCUGGAGAAAUUGAAAAGGUCACCGAACAGUACUCCGCAAGAUUAAACCUUGAUUUUAUCAUAAAAGAGUUUUAAUAUACCUGCAAAUGUCUAUACGUACGCCUAGUAAUGUUAUACAUCUAUUGUCUAUUGAAAGCGUGUAAGUGCCAAAUGUUACGUAAUACAAAAUUAUAUGUUAUUAAAUUUAAAGUUAGAGAACAUAUAAUGAAUAAAUAAUUAAAAAUAGAUGAUUAUAUGUCAAACGGAAAUCAAGUAUCACUUUAUUAUAUAUUGUAAAUUUUACGAUAUUUAGUUUCCGUAACGAAAAUUAUUCGUAACCA